GGAAAGACCCGGAAAGGAACGCAGCUACGACUGGCUACCCCGAUGAUGUCACAUGGGUGCGGUACGCCGGAGGGCGCAUUUACUGAUUCUCAAGAGAUAACGAAGGCGUAGCUUGGUGACCGUGACUGCAGAGCAGCGUCGCGAAUUGAUUACGCUAUACCCAAAGAUUUCCGGUGCCGAAUCGGUUUUUAACGAGAAAUUUAAGAAUAAUUUGUUUUAACCAAGAACAGAAGCCUAUAAACUCUGCAAAUGCCCAGGAAAACAAGUUUUGUCUAGCAAAGUUCUUCGUCUCUGGCGGUGGGCCAACGGCUCGGCCCCUCACGGUGCCGCGGCAGUGCGCAUGCGCAAACUGCUGUCACACGCGCUGACUGAAGCCGGGAAGGAAAAAAGGCGGGAGCCGCCAAUCAGGCUGGCGCAAAAUGGCGCUGGAAGAUGAGGUGCUGGAAUUCACGCGCAGCUUUUUCCGGUGCCGUCCUGACCUCAGCACGCUCACGCUCUCCACCGUGCGCCAGAAGUUCUUGGCUCACACGGGCCGGGACCACCUGAGACCCGAAGAGAAGCAGGCGCUGAAGCGGCUGGUGGAGGAGGAGCUGCUGAGCAUGCAGGUGGAAGAUGCUGGCUCCAGGGAAGAAAAGCUAGGCUUUACUAAAGCGAAGAGGCCUCCUGCCCCUGGCAGUGAUACCGAGAGAAAAAGAUUCCGCUUCAAUUCAGAGUCAGAGUCCAGCUCUGCAGCCUCCAGUCCAGACUGCUUGGGAUCCCCAGCAAAGGAUGAAACAGUCGAAGAGGAAAGUCCAAGACAAACCUUAAAGAAAACAGUUGAGAACAUCGCUGAACAGCAAAGGGACCUGGUUGCAAAGAUGGGAUUAGAGGAAAGCAGUGAGGAGGAAGGGGAAGCGUCUGUCAGAACGAGAAAGGUCUUGGAGGAAGAGAGCAGUGAGGAAGGCGAUGAGAAGGAAAAAGAACAGAAAGGCAGGACUAAGAAGGAACAUGGGACUAAGAGCAAGCUGGUAGCAGGCAAAGCUUCAACCAGAAAGAAGCAUGUUAGAGAGGAAAUUGAAAGCAGCGAGGAAGAGCCUGUGCAGAGGAGAAAAAAGGUGAGGGGAAAAAGAGGAGCUAAAAGCCACAAAGGUGAAGAGAGUGAGGAGGAGGAGCCUAGAGCCAGGGGCAACAGAGGGGAGGGGGCAGCCUGGGGGGGCACUAGCUGUAAGCAGAAAAGCAAGGAUGGGAGGCUGAAGGGAGACUUGGGGGGCAGUGAAGAAGAGAAAGAGGCAGCAGGCAGUGGGGAUGACAGUGGUGGAGAUGAAAACUCCCCAAUACAGAGGAAAAGCAAAGACAAGACCCAGCUCCAGGGUGGGGCAAGCCAGAGUGGAAGCAGUGAGGAUGAGGACAGCAGGAAGAUGCAAGCAACUGCUCAAGGCACUGCAAAAACAGACAGACAGGGCAGCACCAGUGGUGAGAGUGACACUGAGAGGGAGGUGAGUGACUGCGACACAGGAGGGAGCCCUAACAGGGUGAGGAAGAACCGCUCUUCCAAGGGCUCCAAGAAAAGCAGGACGCGGAGCUGUUCCUCCUCAUCAUCAGAUGGAAGUCCAGAGCCCCAGAAGACUGGCUCUCAGCGCCGUGGAGAGGACCACCCAGCUGUGGUAAGGCUGAAGCGCUACAUACGGGCCUGUGGUGCCUAUCGAAACUACAAGAAGCUGCUGGGCUCCUGUCGUUCCCAUAAGGAGCGUCUGAGUGUCCUCCGCUCUGAGCUGGAAGCUCUGGGCAUGAAAGGCAACCCUUCCUUGGAGAAGUGUCGGGCCUUGAAGGAGCAGCGAGAAGAGGCAGCUGAGAUGGCUUCUUUGGAUGUAGCCAACAUUAUCAGCAGUUCAGGCCGACCGAGAAGACGCACAGCCUGGAACCCUUCAGGAGAAACAGUCCCACCGAGGGAGCUCUAUCACCGGACCCUAGAAUCAGAAGACGAACAGCCACGUCAGGCACCCCCAGACUGGUCCCAUAUGCGUGGCAUCAUUAGCAGUGAUGGUGAGAGUAACUGAGCUCCACCAGCCCCAACCCCAGGAUGAACUUUGCUCUGUUGUACAAAACUUAAAUAGUACCUGAGCUCUGACUCUGCAGAGCAGCCUUUCAGAGAAGAUUACAGCCCCAGGGCAUAAAGUAUUGGGACACUACUCAGUUGCAUGUUCUGUUUAAGGUGGUUUUAGGGGCUUAUUUUUAAAGGCCCAAUAAAGGAGUAUUUAUAAUCACA